CUCCACUGGUUAUCGGCUAAGAGAGGCGUGGGCAUCUACCGUGGGCGGCUCGAAAAAAAAAGACGUUGAUCGUAGAAAUAUGACUCACCAAAUUAACCAUCCUUCAGAUUCCCAGAUAUCAAGACGAGGGCGAUUCCACCACCAGACCGUAUGGCGUUGCAACGAUCUCUGGAGUGGUGAUUAUCCGUGUAACUGCCUGUGGGACUUGUUUAAAGGGGGCCGGUGGGCUCACAAGGUCCCUGAACGGCGCCGAUGCGGAAUGAAAAAGCCAUGCUGAAAACAAAUGAUCUUGAACUCGGUGACCAGACACCUCGAGGGGAACUUGGAGAGAAUGAGAAGCUAUCAGUGCACCCUGACAGAAAACAUUCCUCUGCGUUGACGCCUGUCGCCUCACGUCCAAGCCAAGAUAGACCGUCUGUUCACCACACUAUCUCGCGUACGUCCCAUGUCGACGGCCAUGGCUACUUCAGCGACGAUGGACGCAACGACGGUCAGGAGGUCGAGCAACAGGUGAAUAUAGAGGACAAGGACGAGAACCCGUUCGAAGUCGGAUGGGAUGGCCCUGAGGACCCCAUGAAUCCCAAGAACAUGAAUGUAUUGAGGAAGUGGAUGAUUGUGAUAAUCAUUGCUUUUGGGGCGUUGUGCGUUACUUGCACAUCCUCCUUGUACACGGUCACUUAUGAUCAGAUGGACGCCGAGUUUGGCAAUUCUCGCAUUGUUGCCACUUUGGGUUUGACAUUGUUUGUCGGUGGUCUCGGGCUCUCGCCCAUGAUCCUAGGUCCAUUGUCCGAAUUCUACGGUCGUCGACCUAUCUAUAUAUACGCCUACGUCUUCUUCACCAUCUGGCUCAUUCCUUGCGCAGUUGCCAAGAACAUCCAGACCAUGUUGGUGUUUCGAUUCCUGGAUGGCUUCUCGGGCAGUGCUUUUCUAUCGGUCGCAGGAGGCACCGUGGGUGACAUGUUUAGCCGCGACAAGCUCCAAGCUCCCAUGAUGAUAUACACGGCGUCUCCCAUGAUAGGGCCUAGCCUGGGCCCCAUCAUUGGCGGUUUCAUCAAUUACAACACUUCGUGGAGAUGGUCAUUCUACGUUCUCCUCAUGUGGUCGGGGGUGAUGCUCAUCGUGAUCACAGCCUUGGUUCCCGAAACCUACAUGCCAGUGCUGCUUCGCAAGAAGGCUCGCCAGAAACGCAAAGAGACCGGUGACGACCGAUGGAAGGCACCGAUUGAGAUUUACGAAAAGUCUUUGGUCUGGACAGUGGCCAGAUCAUUGUACCGACCCUUCUUGCUCCUUUUCAUGGAGCCCAUGUGCUCCAACCUGUGUCUACUAUCUUCUGUUCUGCUGGGCAUCCUGUAUCUCUUCUUUGGGGCGUUCCCGUUGGUCUUUGGUGACGUAUACGGUUUCAAUGCAUGGCAAGUCGGUCUCUCGUUCUUAGGCCUUAUGAUCGGGAUGAUUCUCGCUAUUUCUUCCGAUCCGAUAUGGCAAUGGAAUUAUCUUCGUCUACUGCGGAAUGCAGAGGGGAGGACUGGGGAGCGCAAAUCCGAGCCAGAAUAUCGCCUACCGCCAUCCAUUUUCGGUCCAUGGAUAUGUACCGUCGGGCUUUUCUGGUUUGCUUGGUCCUGUUAUGCUCGCGUUCACUGGAUUGUUCCUAUCAUUGGCACUGGCUUCUUCGGAUUCGGGACCAUCUUGAGCUUUUCAGGCGUCUAUACAUUCCUGGUCGAGGCCUACCCACUGUACGCAGCAAGUGCCUUGUCCGCCAACUCCUUUGCACGAAGCUCCUUUGCAGCUGCUUUCCCCCUGUUUGGACGUCAGAUGUACGAUCGACUGAAUUAUCAUUGGGCCACAUCACUGUUGGGAUUUCUAUGCUUGGUCUUAUCACCCUUCCCAUACCUAUUCUUCGUCUGGGGCAAGAGAUUGCGGCAAAGGAGCAAAUAUGCCCACCUUUCUACUUGAGAAAGAAAUCAAUAUGGGACUCUGGGUUCCAUCGACAUAUCAAGCCACAUUACGCAUAUAAAACCAAUGCUUAUCACAGAUGUGCCUUAGGUCCCGUUUAGCCAAGCUAUUCAGAUCUAGUCUGCACAUUGAGAUUAACUUGCGUCGAUACGAAUUGAGUUGGCCACGGUCGAAAAGACUGCGCAUCCGACGUUUGGGACUGGAGCUCCGUGACGACGACUUCCCAUCACUCCUCAAGCCCUCUCCAGGGGUCACGGAUGUUAUUAUGUCUUGAGUCAAACACAGGUCGAGUGGCGGAGAUAUGCAGUUCCUUUGGCAACAUGCAGAAUGAUCGACGCUUACUCGUGGGUCAGUGAGAUGUAGGCAGGACAGCUACAAUAGCACGACACGUGCCCUCCCUAAUCAUAAGCCAAGGAAGACGAGAUCGAGAUCGUCUCCGCAAAUAGGAGUGUGCUUUCAAGGGGUUUUGCGGACGCACGAUGCGUGCCACAGGGACAAUGCAUGCAUUCAUCACUCGGGCACAACGAUCAGGAGCCCAGUCCAGGGAAAUGCGAGAUCUUUUUGAGUACAAGUAGUUGUAUCAGGGGGGUUGUGCGAGAAGGCAUGUCCGAGUUCAUUCCGGGAAGGAUUGGCCGUCCUCCUUGUCGCUAAAAGCCAACCUCAUUACUUGCGAGCGAGACGAAGGUUACAAGUACGUAAUGUGUGAUGCUUCUCAUGCCUCCUGUCCUGGCAGUUCAGAACAGUUUCACAAUACCACUCAUCCUCGGCCUUCGGCUUCUUGUUGGUUCUUGGAGCCUGCUCCGCAAAGUUCCGAGCCUCGGGUUCUUGCGGGCAGCCUCGUGUCGGUGUACAUAGUGGAGGGGGCAAUGAUUCCAGGGUCUGAACACCGAUCUCGCUAGCGAAAAGCAUGCCUGGCGCCUUCGAUAAUAUCCCCAUCUGUGCCAUGCGAAACUCCGUACGUACAAUAGCUGUCUGGUGCCCGAGUAACCAUGGAAACAUUCAAUCCGAAACUCUUUCACGUCUGG